ACUGAGAAACCGUCUCAUUGACGUCGAGGCAGAACUUUACAGUCUGCGCCCUUUACUUCUCAUACCUCCAGUCCAUCCCGGGUCGAGCGGCCGUACUAAAUCUCUACCGAAAUCCGCUGUAUCGAGAAAGUCGAGGACAGAAAUUAUCGCCGAGGCAGAUUCACUUGCGGUUGAAGUAUCGACAAAGCAACCAGAGGCAGCACUUCAACGCGAAGAUACCGUUCUCGAUGUAGACCUAUCACAAGUAUCGGCUUUGCAAACCACGGAACCAGAUACCGCAACCUCCAGUACCCAAACGCUUUCCACCCAUGCGACCAUAUCUACUCUGGCAUCUUCUCAAGAGCCACUAGCUCCGUCACGUCCCCACUCCUACUAUCGCACCUCCCACGAGCGCGAGAUGGAUCUUGCCAUUCCGACACCUCGGAAAACCCGCAGCUCUGCUCAAGCCGCCGGAUCGUCCACGCCCUCCAAACAGCUGGGAUCCACCAGUACGACCCAAGUCCUCAGCUCCUCGUGGACGCCGCAAACACGCGCGGACCAACGGGCGGCAUCGUCACUGCUCAGUGAUGCUCGUGCGGAGCUCAUGUUACAUGCGGCUCGCAAGAUUGGGAAAAGGCGGGCUGGCUUGUUGGCAGGUCUUGUCGUGCAGCCUCGGGAGUUAGUACAACAGUCUGGGCAAGACGAGUCUGGGGCAAAAGGCAAGGGCAAGGAGCGGGCAGGUAGCAGGGCGUCGUUUGACAAAGGCAAGGGGCGUGAGACGGAGGAGCAGGAGGGGGCCACUCCUGUGAAAAAGCAGCGAAAACGCAUUAUGAAGAGAGCAAAUACAAUACCCAAAGCGUCGUCUGGUGCCUCCACCAAUCCCACAGGUGGGGGCUACUACGGCUCCCUCCCUAGCAUGUCCCAUCUCGUCUACGUCAACCCCAUGCACGCCGGCCAGCGCAUGGGCCCUGUGCCAGUGCCGAUGCCAGGUAGCGCGCCAGGUGCGAUGCCCCUCUUCGUCCCCAUGAGCGGCAUCUGGCCGCCAAUGGUGCCCCCCGGUCCCGCUGCGCUCCCGUCGUCAUCGAGUCCGGGUACGAGCAAAGUCGCGCAGGCCAUGCCACCCGCAGAGGCCUCCACGCCGACACGUUCCGCUGCCACACCCUCAGCCGCGCAAACGCCGGGCCUCGGACGCACCGAGAGCGCGGGCACAACGCAGGGCCUCGACUCGCUCCUGAGCGCGGCGCGGAUGCUCGCAGACGAUGAAGGGUCGCAGCACAGCAGGGCGGCCACCCCGGUGCAUGUGCACACCCCGAAGCGCGCCUCACGCCGCGCGCGGGGCGCCGCCGACACGCUCGAGGUCGCGACACCGACGCCGAAGCGACGGAAGGUCAUGCCGAGCACGCCGCAGUCGGUGUCGGGCGCGACGGUGGGGGAGACAAUGCCGGUGCACACACCGACGCCGAAGGCGCGAGGUGGACAGGCGCUGGGGCGGAUCAGCAGCGCGUUGGAGGUGCUGGCGGACCAGGCGGCGCAGGAGCAGGAGCGGAGGCCUGCGACGCCGAGCCGGAAGACGGAAGGGCCGUCUCGGCCUACUACGAAGGCCACACGGAGGCGCAGGUUGUCUGGCAGAGGUGGCGGAGUUACUCGUGGUGCGGACGCCACUCUUGGGAAAGGCAAGGCGAAAGCAGACGUGCAGCCGUUCUCAGCGGACACAGCCAGACGAGGUUUGCCCGAGGUUGAGCAGCACGCUGGCUUGCGCCGCGUUUCCACGGAGCUGAACUCGAGUCGGGAGGCAACGCCGCCGCCUGCGUCUGCACUAUCGAUACCUCGCCAGAAAGGGCCCACAAC